UUCUUGCUCUGAGUCCCCUCCAAUCUGUGCACCACUCCUUGAGUGUCACCCGAACUGGGAAUUGUCUUUGCUACUGGGCCAAACUAGUUCUUCUAUCAAGUGAAAAAUGGCACCCAAGAAGGAUCCUAAGGCUCCCGCCAAGAAGGCUGAGCCCGCACCUGCACCGGCACCAGCACCCGAACCGGCCCCCGCACCCGCUGCGGCGCCCGCCAUCGACCUGUCCGCCGUCAAGGUAGAAUUCAGCCCAGACCAGAUUGAAGACUACAGGGAGGCCUUUGGUCUCUUUGACAGAGUGGGUGACAACAAGGUGGCAUACAACCAGAUCGCUGAUAUCAUGCGCGCUCUGGGUCAGAACCCCACCAACAAGGAGGUGAACAAACUGCUGGGGAACCCCUCCACUGAAGACAUGGCCAGCAAGAGAGUAGAGUUUGAGAGCUUCCUGCCCAUGCUGCAGACCAUCAUCAACAGCCCGAACAAGGCAGGCUUUGAGGACUACGUUGAGGGUCUGCGUGUCUUUGACAAGGAAGGCAAUGGCACAGUGAUGGGUGCUGAGCUGCGUAUCGUCCUGUCAACACUGGGUGAGAAGAUGAAUGAGGCUGAGAUUGAUGCUCUCAUGGCAGGACAAGAGGAUGAGAACGGCUGUAUCAAUUAUGAGGCCUUUGUCAAGCACAUCAUGUCUGUGUAAGGACCCCGCCACCGUUGCCGCGGUGAGCACCGAAUAAAUGCAGACCCCAUGGUGUCGCGACAUCUACUCGCUGCUUCCCGUACCAUCUGGGGAAGCAGGGGGGAACAAAGGACUAUGAGAUUUCAUUUUUCUCAACACUUCUUUUGUUUUGUCCAACACGUUUUUCUUCCUCUUUUGUCCAAAUGGUGCUUUUUGAUUUUUUUUUUUUCUUUUUUUUUGCUUUCUUUUCCCCUCUGUUUUCCUCGUGCCACUGGGGGAGCUGUAACGAUUUUCUUACGAUGUCCUCAUCUUUGAUCCAAGUUCCCCAGGCUGAUUUGGGGGGUUUCAUUGUCACAGAGGAACAGUGAUGGAGGGGGGAGUUGGAGCUAUGGUGACCAUCCCCUCCCACUUACUGUCUGUCUGGCUAAGAAGUGACCGGACUGGCCAAGGAGACUGGCCAUGGAAACAAAUCCACUCCUCACCGACCCAUCCCUGAGUCUUAACUUAUUGUAUCCUCUGCAAGUUCCCAAUAAAUUCUUCACACUCCCA